AUGGGGCCAACCAGCGAUCCUAAGCGGAACAUCAUCAUCGUUUCGAAUCGCCUUCCGCUGUCCAUCAAGCGAGUAGAAGGGGGAUUUGAAUCAUCUCUCUCCAGUGGCGGUCUUGUCACCUCUCUCUCAGGCCUGACAAAGUCCACUCAAUUCCAAUGGUUCGGCUGGCCCGGUAUUGAACUCAAAGAUCCGGCAGACAGGGAGGAAGUGACAAAAAGCUUGAAAGAGCAUAAUGCGAUCCCUAUAUUCUUGGACAAGACGUUAGCACACGAGCACUAUAACGGAUUCUCGAACCGUAUUCUCUGGCCAAUCCUCCAUUACCAAUCCGGUGUAAGCUUCGAUGACACCCCAUGGCAAGCAUAUAGACGAGUGAACGAACUGUUCGCCGAUGCGAUUGCAGAUGCCGCAGAAUGUGGAACCCUGAUCUGGGUUCACGACUAUCACCUCAUGUUGUUGCCAGAGCUUCUCCGUAAUCGCCUGCAAGAACAGGGCAAAACCUGUGCCAUUGGGUUCUCCCUCCACACGCCCUUUCCAGCAGGAGACUUUUGGAGAAACCUCCCUGUUCGAAAGCACCUUAUCGAAGGUCUCUUAUCGUGCGAUUUGAUUGGGUUCCACACCGACGAGUAUAAGCAGAACUUCAUCGACACCUGCGCCAGUCUUCUCGGUGCACGUACCGAGAUUGGAAAUCAGAUCCAGUACAAGAAUCGCCUCGUCUGUACGGACAAAUUCAUUGUCGGUAUCGACCCCCAGAAAUUCACAGAGACCCUGGCACAGCCGGACGUCCAGGAACGUAUCCACACUUUGAAAGAACGGUACAAAGGUGUCAAGGUCAUUGUUGGCGUCGACAGACUCGAUCACAUCAAGGGUCUCACGCAAAAAUUGAAAGGCUUUGACGCUUUCCUUGAUGACCACCCCGAACUGGAAAAUAAAGUCAUUCUUAUCCAAGUUGCCGUGCCAAGCCGCGAGGACGUAAAGGAGUAUCAGGAGCUCGAGAGAGAAUUGUGUACUAUGGCUGGAAAAAUCAACGGCAAGCAUGCCACCCCUGAGGGUACUCCACUGCUAUACAUGCAUCGCUCUGUACCGUUCACUGAGCUCGCAGCAUUGUAUUCUAUAGCCGAUGUAUGUCUUCUUACGUCGACACGAGACGGAAUGAACCUCGUCUCAUUCGAGUACGUCGCCUGCCAAAAAGAGCGUCAUGGCGUUCUCGUACUCUCAGAGUUCGCCGGCGCUGCGUCGUUUAUGUCCGCCGGUAGUAUUUCAUUCCACCCCGCCAAUACCACUGAAAUGUCCGAAGCGAUCUUCGCUGCGAUCAACUUGAGUCCAGAGGAACGUAAAAUGAAGUAUGAGCAUCUCCGGGACUUCAUCAACACGAACACGAGUGCGAAAUGGGGACAGAACUUCAUCGACAAGUUGUCCCACCGCUGUAGACGAUCUGGCGAUACUUGUUGA